UUCGUCCACACAGUUUCAGUUACCGAAGAAAACUUCUAAGUUACGGUUGUCUAUAGUAAGAAUUUACAAAAUGAAUAAAUUAUUACUACUGUUAAUUUUUGGUUUGGUAUGUAGUGAAGCGUUUGGAAUGCUGGCAAGACACAAACGACAGUCAAACGACUAUGAAAACGUCCCUGAUGAUCAAGGCCAAGGCCAAAACCAAAAUUUCCAAGGUUUCCAAAAUUUACAAGUUCAAAAUCAAGAUUUCCAAGGACAAGGCCAAAAUCAGGAUUUCCAAGGACAAGGCCAGUAUUCCAACCAAGACCAAUAUAAUCAGGACCAGCAAGGCUAUCAAAAUGGAAAUGGUCAAUACGGUAACCAAGACCAGUAUCCAAACCAAGGCCAGCAAGACCAAUUCCAGGGCCAACAAGGACAGUAUUCUAAUCAAGGCCAAUAUUCGGACCAGGGACAGUUUAACAAUUAAAACACGAAUUUUAAAUAAUAAAUAAAUGAACGACAUAU